AUGAUUGAGUUAUUUACAAUAUUUGGUAAAGGUGGUAUAGUACUAUGGUGUUUCCAAGAAAGCGGACAUCUCUUUACUGAUUCCAUCAAUCAGCUUAUUAGAGAAGUUCUAAUGCAGGGACGUGGCAAUACCACCUUAUUCAAGCAUAAUGAUGUCACCAUUAAAUAUAAGCUGGACAAUGAAUUCGAACUUGUUUUUCUUGUUGUGUAUCAAAGUGCUAUUCAGCUGUCAUAUGCAGAUCAGCUUCUUUCAGAUGUGCAUAAGAAGUUUCGAGACAUGUACAAAAAUGUUCUCUCUGAUAAUAAAUUUCUCUUUUUGUCAACCGUUCGGACUUAUCGGCAAUUCACGGAUGUUUUUCAAAACAUCUAUCGCGAAGCACAAAUAUCUCUCACUAAACAGCCUGAUAAAGUAAUGAGAAAAUUCGAGGAAAGUGAAAAAUCUAAAAAAACUAUUGCCUCAAUGAUUGGGCGUCCUAAUAACAAUUCAAAUAAACUGUUAAAAGAAAAGGAGGAGCAACAAAAACGAGUGAAACAUAAAAGUCGAGAAAAGAUCGUAUCAACUAAGCAGAAUGAACCGCAAUUGACGAAUGAUUGGAUAAUGAAGUUGGUUACAGAUUUGGUACAUAUCGUUCUUUAUUCAACGGAGAAUGAGUCUCAGUUACGUUUACCUGACUCGCCAAAAGUUGAAGCUGAUGAUGAAAUACUACGUCGACGAGCUGAAUUUUUCAAAAAGAAAACAACGAAAAAAAAUGAGCCAGAAAAGUGUAAUGUUGUUCAAGUCGAAUCAAAAAGAAGUAAGCAAGCUCGUGUUUGGGAACUUUCGGGUAAUGCUAAAACCGAUAUUGAAUCUUUGGAUUAUAGCAAAAGCAAAGGUAUUUCUGUUGAGGAGCCGAAGGAACAAGAGGAAGAUUGGAAAUUUGUCGAAGAACAGAUGCAAUUUGUUGGUCAAUUCAAAGGUGAUUUACCAGGACUGGAUGAAGCAAUUAGUGAAGACGAGGAAAAUAUUGAUGAUGAAGAAGAUGGUAAAAUGAGCAAGCUAAAAGAUAACAGUGGUUGGUUUUCGGCAUUCCGUUCACUUGUUGGGAACAAAAAAUUGACGACUGAAGAUAUUAAACCAGCUCUUGACAAAAUGCGAGAAACUUUGAUUGGCAUGUUGUUCGAUUUAUCGAAUGUAAGCCAGUCCAAGAACGUUGCUGCUGAACCUGCUGAUAAACUAUGUAAGUCCGUAGAAGUAAAGUUGGAAGGUAAAGUAGUAAGUACUUUCAGUCGUGUAACAAGCAUUGUAAAAGAAUCUAUUCGCGAAGCUCUAGUGCAGUUGUUGACCCCAAAACGACGUGUAGACAUUCUUCGUGAUAUACUCGAAGCAAAACGUGAAAAACGUCCAUAUGUAAUUGUUUUUUGCGGCGUUAAUGGAGUUGGAAAGUCAACAAAUCUUGCGAAAAUAGCUUUUUGGUUAAAUGAAAACGGUCAUAAAGUUUUAAUUGCGGCUGCCGAUACAUUUCGUGCAGGAGCUGUGGAGCAAUUGAGAACUCAUACUAAACAUCUAAAUGCUUUGCAUGCGAACAGUGUUCAACUCUAUGAACAAGGUUAUGGUAAAGAUCCAGCUGGACUUGCUGCUACUGCAAUUUCCUUAGCAGUGGAACGCGGAACGGAUGUAGUAUUAGUAGACACAGCUGGACGUAUGCAAGAUAAUGAGCCGCUCAUGCGUUCGCUUGCUAAAUUAAUACAAAUCAACGAACCGGACUUGGUGUUAUUUGUGGGUGAAGCAUUAGUAGGAAAUGAAGCAGUCGAUCAGCUUGUCAAGUUUAAUCAAGCUUUAGCUGACCAUGCUGCUCUAGGUGCAGAAGCUAAACUUGUAGAUGGUAUAGUUCUAACGAAAUUUGACACUAUCGAUGAUAAAGUUGGUGCCGCAAUCUCAAUGACAUAUAUCACUGGACAACCAAUUGUGUUUGUUGGCACUGGACAGACUUACAAAGAUUUGAAAAGUUUGAAUGCUGCUGCUGUUGUACAUUCAUUGCUGAGAUGA